CGACCGCGAUCGGUUCAUUCUUCGUGUCCUCGGGGGGGACUAGUCGAGGUUCUCGUCAUAUGUUCGGCGCGACACUGUGCGCAGUGUCGUCACGGUAGGCAGCUAGUCCCCCGUCGUCGAUAGUCAGCGCGGUGCACCGGGAAAGCGAACGGAGCUUGCCAACGGUAGUGGCAACGGCGACGAUUUGCCGGUGCACGAAACGGCCGGCGGCGCGGUGCGACGGCGACGGGAGAACGGAACCAUCGGCGGCGGCGGUGGCGGCAGCAGUGAAGGUGGUGGCGGAAGCGGCGGCGGCGGCGAAGCAGCAGCGCGUCGAAGGUGGGCGGCGAUACGACGCGUCGAGCGUUCCUCGUUCCUCUCCUGUCCCCGACCCCCAGCUUUAAAGCCCAGCUACAGCUCCGGCUCUAGCUCCUGCUCUCUAGCUCCGGCUCUAACUUCUGUCCCCGGUCCUCCGAUCGCUGCUCGCUUCGGCCCGCGCGAGACUCCGCGAGAAUCCGUGACGUGCAGGCUCGCUGUAGCGCGUGACAAUUCGGCUGUGCCGCGUGAAGAAGUGCAGAAACUCGGGAGGCUUCCGUCGAGAUUCCGGAAUUCGGAAGCGGGAUAUAAAACGCGUGAAAGGAAGAGAGACGCGAGAGGUGGACCACCUCGUGGUAGCUAGAUCGGCGAUCGUCUUUGGGGGAAUAGGAAGAUGAGCUGCCAACGUAACGCCGGCAAGAUCACGGUGCCGGACGACCUGCGCGACGUCCUGCUGGAGUUCACAAUCAGCUAUCUGCUGGAACAGCCUGGCGAUAUCAUCGACUACGCCGUGGACUUCUUCACGCGGCUACGUGACGCACGGCGUACGCAGCUUAUCCAUACGGACGGUCAGACCUGCUCGUCCACGCCGGAUGAGUCUGUCGAUGAAGAGCCACCAGUCGGCCGAUUUGCUUCCAGAAGGAAGAGCGUUUUCGCGGAAACUUACAAUCCCGAGGAUGACGAGGAAGAUGACGGCUUCAAGAUGGUCCAUCCAAAGAGCGACGAGCAGCGACAAAGGCUUAGUGAAAGCGUUAAGAACAUACUCCUGUUUCGCGCUCUAGACGAGGAACAAAUGGCGGACGUACUGGACGCAAUGUUCGAAAAAAGCGUUCAACCGGGAGAAUUUAUUAUCCGGCAGGGCGACGAUGGUGAUAACUUUUAUGUGAUCGAGAGAGGAAAAUUCGAGGUAUACGUCAAAGAUCCCGCCACAGCAACAGAUAAUCAUAUUCACACUUACGAUAAUCGUGGUGCUUUUGGAGAAUUGGCUCUUCUGUACAAUAUGCCUAGAGCAGCCACUGUCAAAGCUAUUACGUCUGGCACGCUUUGGGCCAUGGAUAGGCAAACUUUCCGACGUAUUCUUCUUAAAUCCGCGUACAAAAAGCGUAAAAUGUAUGAAAAUCUUAUUAAUAAAGUACCGAUGUUAAAGUCUCUGGAGCCUUACGAGCGGAUGAAUUUAGCGGAUGCCCUUGUACCGAAACAGUUUUCCAAUGGCGAGCAGAUAAUUAGGCAGGGAGACACCGCAGAUGGAAUGUACUUCGUCGAGGAUGGCGUAGUUAGAAUCACUAGACUCGGCGAACACGGCCGUGAAAUUGAGAUUAAUCGUGUUCCGGCUGGCGGUUAUUUAGGCGAGCUGGCACUCGUGACGCAUAAACCACGCGCCGCUUCGGCCUACGCUGUGGGAGAUAUCAAACUGGCAUUUUUGGACGUUGAAGCUUUCGAACGUUUACUUGGCCCGUGUAUGGAACUUAUGAAACGUAAUAUCGACGAUUACGAAGAACAACUAGUCAAAAUUUUUGGCAGCAAAACCAACAUCUCUGAUAUUCGAUGAACUGUUUCUAGGCAGAUCCACGUCGCCAUACUGCUGUAUUAAAGGACGCGACACUUUCGUACAGUAUAUAAUAUAUAACAAGCACAAAAGAACUUGU